AUGGAGGAGGGGAACGGAGAGCGGGGGCCGACGAACAAACAAAACCAGGAGGUGGGCAACCGAGAGGGUGACCGGGGCCGACGUGCCGAAAACACAAUGAGCCAAGGUAAGCGCCGCGCGCGGAGGAGAAAACAGAUGCGUGGGGCAAGGCGAGCAACCGUAGAGGCGACCGGACGGGAGGAGCCGAAGUGGGAGCAGGGAGAGAAAAACGGGAGGGGACCGGAGCCACAUAAAGAGCAAACCCGGAACCGGCAGGCGGGGGCAAGCAGAGUAACGCCGCCCGCAAGGACAGCGACGACAGGACGCCGCAGGGGACGAACGCGAAUAACCAAGGAGGAGAAGGAAGGAAGAACCCAGGAGAAAGAAGAAAGGAGAAGGAGGAAGGAGGGAAAAAGGCCACCAGAGCCAGGGGCCCCAGAGACAGAAACCAACCCGAAACCCAAGAGGAAGAAACGCGAAAAACCCGGGGAGCGAGAAAGGAGGGAACGGAGGGAGCCACCGAGAACCCCCCCCACACGCCGAGACGCCCCACCACCCCAGGAGAGCCCGCAAGAAGGCCCGGAGAAGAAAGCAAGAAAGCAAGAAAGCGAAAAAAGAGCCGGCAGAGCCAAGGAAGGAAGGAAGGCCGAAGAGGGAACCCAGGGCGCAACAAAACCGAGGGUGCAGAGCGAGGAGGGCCCGGGGGGGGCCCCGAGGAGGGGGAAUGCGCGAAGGAGAGGCAGGAGGGAGGGGGAGGGAGGAGUCCAGGGGGAAGCGGGGGAAGCGGGAGAGGGCGAGGGCGGGAGAAGGAGGAGAGGCGGGGAUGAGGUGAGGGAGGCGAGGAGGAGGGGGGGGCGGAAGGAGAGGGGGCGGCGGGAGGGAGGGGGAGCGGGGAGGGGGGCGCCGAAGCGGGCCAAGGAGAAGACGAACCGGAGGCGGGGGAGAGAAAAGGGAGGAGAACCCGAGGGGGAGCGGAGGAGCGGAGGCGGGAGGAGCGGGGGGGAAAGCGCAGGGGGCGGGGGGUUGGAUGGACGAGAGAAAAGCAGGGGAGGGAUGGGCCGGGCGGCAGGGAGGGAGCGGCGGGAAGGCGAGGGGGGGCGUGAAGGACGGGGGAAAGGGUGCUGA